CAACACUUCUAGCAAUUCUAGGGUGCCAACCCCAGUUCGCCAGCUGACGAGCCCUAUUGAUAAUCUGAUGAAUUUUCCAGAAAACAAAUUCUAUGAUAUCAUCUUCAGAUUCAAGUAAAAACUGGAAUAUUAUCAGCAAAACUAUAUGAUUUGGCUUCAAUAAACAUCAGCUUACAGCGGGAGGAUCUGCUUGCAUUUGUCUCAUCGUCCUGGAGCGGAAACUGGACACCGGGGCCUUCGGAGAUCCAUGGAGCAGGUCAUCUUUCACUUGGUACUGCCCUGAGUGGAAGAUCAACAGGUUCAGACCAAAUAUCAAUCACAACAAAAAAUGUUGUCUGCACACCUUCCGAAAACCAACAUCGUCAUCAAGGACGCUGAUAUUUCAUCGCAGCUCGGCAGAACGAAGAUUCACGACGAAAAUGAGGUUCCUACAAAAGAUUCUGUAUCAUUAAAGAAACCAAAGGUCUUGGGAGUGAGUCAGAAACAGAAUAUUAUGCAAACAAAUGGAACCACUGAGCCAAUCAAAAAAGCACCAACACACAAGAAAAAGUUGAACUUGUUCAAAAAAGAAGAUGAACCCCUCCUCCGUGAUAAUCCCAACCGCUUUGUGAUAUUCCCCAUCAAGUACCACGACAUUUGGCAGAUGUACAAGAAGGCAGAGGCUUCUUUCUGGACUGCUGAAGAGGUUGAUUUGUCCAAGGACCUUGUCCAUUGGGAGACGCUCAAGGAUGACGAGAGACAUUUCAUCUCGCAUGUUCUAGCUUUCUUCGCUGCAAGUGAUGGCAUUGUUAAUGAGAACUUGGUGGAACGAUUCACACAGGAAGUCCAGGUGACAGAAGCCAGGUGUUUCUAUGGUUUCCAGAUCGCCAUGGAGAACAUCCACAGUGAAAUGUACAGUCUACUCAUCGACACCUAUAUCAAAGAUGCAGCUGAAAGAGAUUUCCUGUUCAAUGCCAUUGAGACCAUGCCAUGUGUCAAGAAGAAGGCUGACUGGGCUUUGAGAUACAUGAAUGAUGAACUGGCAACGUAUGGUGAGAGAGUUGUGGCAUUUGCUUCAGUUGAAGGAAUCUUCUUCUCUGGAUCUUUUGCUGCUAUCUUCUGGCUGAAGAAGCGUGGGAUCAUGCCUGGUCUCACAUUCAGCAAUGAACUCAUCAGCCGUGAUGAGGGUCUCCACUGUGAUUUUGCCUGCCUGAUGUUCCGUCACUUAAACCAAAAGCCUUCCCAAGAAAGAGUCUAUGAAAUAGUCAAGGACGCAGUUUCAAUUGAGCAAGAAUUCCUCACACAGGCUUUGCCUGUUAACCUCAUCGGCAUGAACUGUGAUCUCAUGAAGCAAUACAUUGAAUUCGUAGCUGACAGACUUCUUGUUGAACUUCAGUGUGAAAAGGUGUACAACUCAGAAAAUCCCUUUGACUUUAUGGAACACAUUUCCCUGGAAGGAAAAACAAACUUUUUCGAAAAGCGAGUUGGAGAGUAUCAAAGAAUGGGUGUCAUGUCUGGAGGAUCAACUAACCACGAGUUCACAUUGGAUGCGGAUUUCUGAGCACUGGAAUCUCAGAUCUGUUCAUGAAUCAAGACAUUGUUCAUAAUCUCAACAUGGAGUGCAUCAACGACAAACUGAAUUCAGCAAAAGUUUUUUAAUAUUUUUUAUUCAUUGAUCAGAAAAACAUUUUUAAUGAGUUUUAAUUCAGCAAAAAUGUGAAAAAAUAACUUAUGUUUUUAAACUGCAUGUAUGUUUUAGUUGUUUUCUUGUAUUUAGUACAUUUUUUAAUGUAUAUUUGUUAAUAAAUAUUUAUAAACAUUU